AUGGUGAGAAAGAACAGCACUGACACCCCCAGCCCUGCUGUCUCUAACGCAGACACGCACACGGAUAGCUGUACUCGAGGGGUCAGGGACACUGGACCGCAAAUUUUCCGCGGCUCCCGCCUCAGGCCCACUCACCACCCGCACAGGCCGCGCUCGCCGUCCGGCACCACUGCAGGCCCGGCUCCCCUCAGCCGCUCGGCGGGGAUCGGCAGCGUUCGGGCAGAGUUCGGCAAGGCUCGGACCGAGUUCGACAAAACUCGGGCGGGGCUCGGGAACUCGGGUUACACUCGGCAACACUCGGGUUACACUCGGCAACACUCGGGCAGAAUUCGGGAACGCCCGUGCUUUUCUUUCCCUUGCAGAUACUUCAGGUGGUGGUUCAAGAAGACCCGCAUAGAGAAGAAAUCUGCCUUCAUUGACCUCUUGUGUGCUGUUCCUCUGCAGCAGAUCUAUGGGUGUCCGCUGGGUGGGAUCGGAGGAGGCACCAUCACCCGUGGCUGGCGGGGAGAGUUCUGCCGCUGGCAGCUGAACCCUGGCCUUUACCACUACGAAACGGUCAUUGCCAAUCAGUUCACGGUGUGCCUGCGGUGCAAGGGGCAGACGAUUUACCAGCAGGUCUUGUCCGUGGAGAGACCCAGCAGGCUGCAGGGCUGGAACUGGGGCUACUGCGGCCACUACGCCUUUUACCAUGCGCUGUACCCCCGUGCCUGGCUGGUGUACGAGCUGCCGGGGCAGAAGGUGGUGCUGACUUGCCGGCAGCUCUCUCCGGUCAUCCCCCAUGACUAUCAGGACUCCAGCUUGCCAGUGGGAGUGUUCAUCUGGGAGGUGGAGAACGGGAGGGAUGAGGACGUGGAAGUGUCCAUCAUGUUCAGCCUGCAGAACGGCACGGGAGCGGAGGAGGACAGGAGCGGUGGGCACUGGAACGAGCCCUUCACCUUCCAGAAGGAUGGCGAGCGGGUGGCUGGAGUCCUGCUGCACCACUGCCCAGCUGUGAACUCCUUCACUCUGGCCAUUUCUGCCCGGGAGAAGGCUGGCACGGGAGUCACCCAUGUCACGGCAUUCAAUCCCAUGGGAUUGGGCAGAGAGGUGUGGCAGGACCUCCUGCAGGAUGGCAGGCUGGAUUCACCCACCGGUAAAAGCAGGCCAACAGAGAAGGGGGAGGUGACAGCAGCAGCAGUAUGUGCCAGCUGCCAGGUGCCUGCCCAUGGGCACAAGACACUGGAGUUGGCCCUGGCUUGGGACAUGCCCUGUGUUCACUUUGGCUCCAAGGAGAAGCUGCACCUCAGGCGGUACACCCGGUUUUUUGGCAGCAAAGGCGAUGCUGCACCUGCCCUGUCCCAUUAUGCCCUGACACACUACAAGGAGUGGGAGAGGAAGAUCGAAGCGUGGCAGAAUCCCAUCCUGGAGAACAGCCAGCUGCCUUCCUGGUACAAGUCAGCCCUCUUCAAUGAGCUCUACUUCAUGACGGAUGGCGGCACCAUCUGGAUGGAGCUGUCCCCUGACUGCUGUGCCGAGGACCUGCAGGGGCCGGCGGGGGCGGGACUGUCUCACCUCCUCCCUGUCCUGCGGGAAUACGGAAGGUUUGCUUAUUUGGAAGGCCAGGAGUACCGCAUGUACAACACCUACGAUGUCCAUUUCUACGCCUCCUUCGCUCUCAUCAUGCUGUGGCCCAAGCUGCAGAUCAGCCUGCAGUAUGACAUUGGUGAGUGUCCCCAGAGGCCCUGCCUUGGUGCCUGCUCAGGGCUUCACCUCGGGAAGAGGCGGAGGCUUUGGGACAGGGGCUGCUGUAGGGAUGUGUGCCACGGAGCCAGCAUCCCCCUGCAGCCGCUCUGCUGUGCCCAGGGCUUGCAGGCCUGGAAUGCUGCUGCCUCAGCAUCUCUGUGCCCAGCACUGGGGGUGCCCUCUUGCCAUGCUGGGCGUGCACAGGUGGCUCUGCCUGCCCUGGGGGAGCCCCUGGUCUUCCCAGCUCUGUCCUUGUGCCUUGCGGAGCAGCCACACAGAGCUGUGGGAGAUGAGCCUCAGGCCAUAGCUCCAGGUGGAGCAGGGUUCUGCUGGUCAGCACCAAGUGUGGUCCCAGAGAGCACCAUGAGGUGGUUGGGCUGA